UGUAGUUGGUUCAGGGCAAGGUGAAUAGGAAACUGGUGAGCUCUCUGGAGAGGGGCGCUUAUGUGCUAACAGCGGAGGUGACAACCAGAGUCGUGUCCGUACAGGAGUCAUGAAGCUCGGCCCUUUAUCGUGGAGCAGCGUGUGCCUGCUGCUCGUCUAUGUGCUGGGAGUGGUAGCUGCCGGACGCGACUUUUAUAAAAUCCUGGGGGUUUCACGUGGCGCUUCUGUAAAGGAAAUAAAAAAGGCUUAUAGAAAACUAGCAUUACAGUUGCAUCCGGACCGAAAUCCAGAUGAUCCACAAGCACAAGAAAAGUUCCAAGAUUUAGGUGCUGCCUAUGAGGUGCUUUCUGAUGAAGAAAAAAGAAAACAGUAUGAUGCAUAUGGUGAAGAAGGACUUAAAGAUGGCCAUCAAAGUUCUCAUGGUGACAUAUUCUCACAUUUCUUUGGCGAUUUUGGAUUCAUGUUUGGAGGCAAUCCACGUCAACAAGACAGGAAUGUUCCACGCGGCAGUGACAUCAUAAUUGAUCUGGAAGUGACACUAGAGGAAGUUUAUUCUGGAAACUUUGUAGAGGUGGUAAGAAAUAAGCCUGUGGCCCGUCAGGCACCAGGCAAGAGAAAAUGUAACUGUCGACAAGAAAUGAGAACAACACAGCUGGGGCCUGGCCGUUUCCAAAUGACGCAGGAAGUUGUUUGUGAUGAAUGCCCUAAUGUCAAACUUGUAAAUGAGGAACGAACAUUAGAAGUUGAAAUUGAACCCGGUGUUCGAGAUGGUAUGGAGUAUCCAUUCAUUGGAGAAGGUGAACCCCAUAUAGAUGGAGAGCCUGGUGACUUGCGCUUUCGAAUCAAAGUUCUCAAACAUCCUAUAUUUGAGCGAAGAGGGGAUGACCUUUACACAAAUGUCACCAUUUCUUUAAUUGAAGCUCUUAUUGGUUUUGAAAUGGACAUUACACAUUUGGAUGGCCACAAAGUUCAUAUAAUGCGAGACAAAAUAACAAAACCAGGAGCAAAGCUGUGGAAAAAAGGAGAGGGCCUUCCAAAUUUUGACAAUAAUAACAUCAAAGGAUCCCUAGUUAUUACUUUUGAUGUGGAAUUUCCAAAGGAACAGCUAACAGAGGAGCAGAAAAAUGGUGUGAAACAGCUCUUGAAACAUGGAUCUGUGCAAAAGGUUUAUAAUGGACUUCAGGGCUAUUAACCAUACAAGAUCUUUAGGCAAAAGACUAACUGGAUCUAUUUAUUCUGGGUUUAUUUGUGUUUUUUAUAUAAAUAAAUGUUCCAUUGAAUUGGUCUUUAA